ACCUGACCAAAGCCAAAACCAAACCGAUCCCUUUAAUUUUGGAUUAUUAACUCUCUCAAACAUAUUUUUCUCAAACGUAUCCCUGCCAUUUUUCCUUCUCAAAAUUAAGCAUUUCAAGUGGGUGUUAUUCUUCUCUGUAUUUUCUUUGCUUAUUAAGGAUACAAGUACAAUUGCCAUGGAUUCUUUUAAAGGACAAGGAGGCAUUCAGAUGCUGUUAACAGCAGAACAGGAAGCCCAGCAUAUUGUUUCAAACGCUAGAAACUUGAAGAUGUCAAGGUUGAAGCAAGCAAAAGAUGAAGCUGAGAGAGAAGUAGCGCAAUAUCGCUCUAAUAUGGAAGCUGAAUACCAAAAGAAAAAAUCCGAGAUGAGCACUGGAUCGGAUGCAAAACGGCUUGAAGAGGAAACCGAUGUGAAGAUUCAGAACUUGAAAGAAUCAGCAACAAAGGUCUCAGAAGAUGUUGUUGACAUGCUCUUAAAAUUUGUCACAAAUGUGAAGACUUGAGGGUGCAUGGUUUGAUUCAAGGUCUUUGAAUUCAACUAGAAAUAAUAUUUUUUUAUAUUUUCAUUUUGUGGAGCUACUAAAAGCUAGUCCAACUGUUUAAUUUGUUCUUUUAAUUUCCUCUAAAAAUCAGUAUUUGAAGUUUAUCAUGUUUAUUAUUGCGUGACAAAUGUCCUUUCCUUUUUUUCUUUUUU